UAUCACGACUGUUCCCCCACAACAUUUCCUCCAUACCAGUAAGAAUGGCUGCUUCAACUGCUCCCGGGGAGCUGGGGCUUUCCAUCACGGGCCUGGGAGUCCAGUAUCCUCCAUAUAACCUUGGUCCAGACGCUCUCGACAUUCUCAGCAAGAGAUACUACCCAGAGUCUCCAGCGUAAGCUAUCUUGGUCUUCUCUUGCUUUGCGCUUGUUGAACAGGUACUGAUUUCGCUCUGCAACAGCAUGAAGAAGGUCCUCGCGAUCAACCGAUACACAGGCAUCGACCAGCGCUCCUCGAUAGGAAAUCCCGACCACCCGCUCGUGAACCAGCCUAACCCACCUACCGUCGACGAACUUCACAAGGUUUUCAUGUCCGAUGGCGUCCCUCUCGCCGUAGAAGCCUCCCGAAAGGCUAUGGCCGAAGCGCGCGUAGAGCCGACCCAAAUCACACACAUGGUCUCGACGACAUGUACCGACUCAGCCAACCCAGGCUACGACCACUUUGUCGCAAAGGAGCUUGGUUUCAGCGACCGCCUCGAAAAGGUCCUACUCCAUGGUAUCGGGUGCUCGGGUGGCCUCGCCGCACUCCGAACGGCAGCCAACCUCUGCCUAGGACAUAAGGCGCGCGGCAAGCCAGCCCGGAUUCUGGUCCUCGCGCUCGAAGUCAGCACGAUCAUGGUCCGCAGCGAGCUAGAAAGCAUCAACGCUUUGCAAGAAACCCGCAUCGGCAUUGCCUUGUUCAGCGACUGCGCUAGCGCCGUGGUCCUUUCCAACGGCAUCGGCGAGGAACCAGGCAAGCCCGCGAUAUACGAUCUCCUAGGAUGGGGAAACCGCGUGAUCCCCGACUCCGAACACGACCUCGGUUUCGACGUCGACCCAAUGGGGUGGAAAGUCGUCUUGUCUCCUCGAGUCCCACUACUAGCCAAAGCCUCCCUCCAACCAACCUACUCCGAUCUUUUAUCCUCCCUCGAAGACCAACUCCCCUCCUCCUACCAAAAACCAGCAGAUUUCGACUGGGCAAUGCACCCCGGCGGCGCCACCAUCCUCUCUGGCGCCGAAAGCGCCAUGGGUCUUACACCAGAGCACAUGCGCGCCUCCUACGACACGUACAUCAACCACGGCAACAGCUCCUCGGCAACCAUCUUCAGUGUGCUCAACCGUUUGCGGGAAAAAGACAUGGAUGCCCUGGCGCCUGGCGGAAAAGUAAAGGAGUAUAUCGUCGGUUGCGCGUUCGGACCGGGUAUCAAUGUCGAGAUGUGUAUGUUGAAGCGCAGGAUGAAUGCCCCAACGAGGACGACGGGGUUGGAUACGCCGCCGGAGACGGAUGAUAGCGAGGGGCCUGGGCCGGGGUCGAGUGCGGGGAGUGAGGAUGGGGAGUCGAUAGAGGGCGAGAAGGAGGAAAAGUUUAUUAGUGAGGCGUUGGAUAACGUUGAGCUUGAUUGAGCCAGAUGGAGUUUGACGGAGUUCGGAGAGGCGGGGGAAAGAGAAGAUUUGUGUUUGUUCUAGCAAGCCAGCUGUCAGCAAGGAGUCGGUCAGUAGGGGGGUGAUUUUGAUACCUUGAUGGUG